AGCAAAACUGGGAUAUUGCUCGGUAUUGCUAGGUAUUGAUCUUGACAGAUUGGUAUUUCUCGUUAUUGCCGAGCAAUACUGAACAAUACCUAGCAAUACGCCGGUCUUCACAAAUCAGCCAAUACGUAGCAAUACCGGGUCCGGGUUGUCGGGCCGUACGAUAAAGAGUAAGAGCAAGUGGCGACAUAUUAUUGGUGUGCAUACCUAAUAAUUAUUCCCUAUUAAGUGGGUUUUGUCAGUUCGGAAGGUGAGGGCAUGCGGAUCGGGUAGGUGGGCGGGGAGAUCAUUUCUGUACAGGAUUUCUGAGCUGCCGUGUCAAACCUGCGUGAUCCAAAAAGUGCAGUGUCGGAUGUAUAGUGUGAUUAGUUUCACGGAUAAAUAGCUUGAUUAGCCUCCAAUGGAGUAAGCUGGUCUGCUAAGUGCUAACCUGUGCUAACCUAAUUUCCUUUGCUUCUAUAAUCCGAGCAAGAAAGUAGAAAAUGGCCGACCUUUAUCGUAACGCCGAUCAAGUCAAGUUUUACGCCUCGAUCCGCCCGACCUACCCGCCUGAGCUCUUCGACUUCGUCGCCUCCAAAGCACCGAGUCGCCAACUCGCCUGGGACGCCGGAACGGGGAGCGGCCAAGCUGCCGUUUCCCUCUCCUCUCUCUUCGACUCCGUCGUCGCAACUGACUCCAGCCCCGAGCUGAUCUCUCACGCCCCAACACACCUAUCCAACAUCCGCUUCGUCGUCACACCGCCCUCGCUUUCCCUCCCCGAUCUCCACCGCCUCGUGGCACCACCUGGCUCCGUCGACCUCAUAACCGUCGCUACGGCUCUGCACUGGUUCGACAUCCCGGCCUUCUUCGGACUGGCACGAUCGGUCCUCCGCCCCGGAGGAGUGUUAGCCGCGUGGUGCUACGACGGCUUCGUGAACAUCGACGGGGGGAGGGUGGAUGAAAUCUAUCGGGGAUUGAUGGAAGCGACGUGGCCGUACGUGGAUGAGAAAGUCAGGGCGAUGGUUGUGGAGGGAUAUGCAGGGGUGGAGUUUCCGUUCGAAGCGGUGGAAGGGGUGGAGGAAGGGACGGCGCCGGUGAGGAGGUUUGCGGUGGAGAGGGAGCUGGGAUUGGAAGGACUGAUCGCUCUCUUGAAGACUGGGACGGGGUAUCAGAGGGCGAGGGAGGCGGGUGUGGAGGUGCUUACGGAGGAGGCGGCGGAUGAGCUAAAGAGAGCUUGGUUUGAAGAUGGUGAGGAGGUCAAGAAAGUGAAAUCUCCGAUUAAGCUAAGAAUUGGAAGGAUGGGAUCGAGCUAGUCUGCAAUAAUGAUUAAGCAAAAUAUUGGGGAUCCAUAGAUCGGCGGGGAGCCUAAUAAAUGUGUUUAGAGUUAAUUAAUGUGUUUGAUGGUGCUUUUUAUUGCUGUUUAGAGUAAUUCGUCCGCUUCCUUCAGGUUGUAAUGGCGCUCCCAAGCCUAAUAGAUUAUAAAUUUGCUGUUAAUGCUGUUAA